GAGAAACAACACGAUCCAUAGAGUAGUAAAUGCGAAAAUAAUGGCUACAGGAGAGCAGGUCAACUUUCAGCAGCUCAUGGGCUCGCUGCUAUCCACGGAUAAUGAAAUUCGUACGAAAGCAGAGGAGGUGUACAAUGGAUUACCGUGCGAUAUUAAGGUUCCUCAUCUGCUGGGAACGGUACAGAACCCACAGAUGGCGGAGGAUGCCCGGAUGCUGUCGGCUGUGUUGCUGCGGCGAUUAUUUUCCUCCGAAUUCCAUGAGUUCUAUGAACCACUGCCCCCGGAAUCGAAAGAUCAGCUGAAGCAACAGAUCCUGAUGACGAUGCAACAAAACGAGCAGGGAAGCAUGCGACGAAAGAUUUGUGAAAUGGUAGCCGAGGUGGCGCGGUGCAUGAUCGACGACGAUGGCAACAACGAAUGGCCAGAGUUUCUGCAGUUUCUUUUCCAUUGCCACAGCAGUGCGAAUGUGCAGUUGCAGGAGUCUGCCCUACGCAUAUUCGCCUCGGUGCCGGGAAUCUUCGGCAAUCAGCAAGCGCAGCAUCUCCCAUUGAUCAAACAAAUGCUGGUCAAGUGCAUGGAACCCAGCUCGGACCAGGAGGUUCGCUUUCAGGCGGUUCGAGCGUACGGAGCGUUUAUCCUACUGCACGACAAGGAGGAGGAUCUGAAGCGUCAGUUUGCCGAUCUGUUACCGCCGGUGCUUUUGAUUACGGCCGAGAGUAUCGAGCUGGGCGACCCACAAAACCUGAUGCAGCUGUUGAUCGAUAUGGCGGAGGGCGUGCCUAAGUUUUUCCGACCGCAGCUCGAACAGAUCUUCGAGCUCUGUAUAAAAGUAUUCAGCAUGCCGGACAUGGAGGACAACUUACGCCAUCUGGCGCUGGAAAUGAUGGUUUCGCUGGCCGAAAACGCGUCGGCGAUGGUGCGCAAACGGGCGGAAAAGUACGUGGCCGCGCUCGUACCACUGAUCCUGCAGAUGAUGACCGAUCUGGAGGAAGACGAAGAAUGGUCGGUGUCGGACAAAAUUACAGAGGACGAUACGAGCGAUAACAACGUGAUUGCCGAAUCGGCGCUGGACCGGUUGGCGUGUGGGCUCGGUGGCAAGACGAUUCUGCCGCACAUCGUAAACAACAUUCCAAACAUGCUGCUCAGUCCGGAUUGGAAGCAACGGCAUGCCGCCUUGAUGGCCAUUUCGGCUGCUGGUGAAGGUUGCCAGAAACAGAUGGAAGCAAUGCUGGAGAACAUCAUGCAAGGCGUGCUGAAAUAUCUGGUCGAUCCUCAUCCGCGCGUGCGCUAUGCCGCUUGCAACGCGAUCGGCCAGAUGGCUACCGACUUUGCACCAAUCUUCGAGAAGAAGUUCCACGAACAGGUCAUCCCGGGGCUGCUGAAUCUGCUCGAUGACGUUGAAAAUCCACGCGUGCAGGCCCACGCCGGCGCAGCACUGGUCAACUUCAGCGAGGACUGUCCGAAAAACAUCCUCACGCGGUACCUUGACGCCAUCAUGGCCAAACUCGAGACGAUACUGACCACCAAAUUCAACGAGCUUGUCGAAAAGGGAACCAAACUCGUGUUAGAGCAGGUUGUGACGACGAUCGCGUCGGUGGCGGACACGACUGAGAAGGACUUUGUGGUGUACUACGACCGGUUGAUUCCGCCGCUGAAGUACAUCAUCAAGAAUGGCAACACGGAUGAGCUGAAGCUGCUGCGAGGCAAAACGAUCGAGUGCGUUAGCCUGAUCGGGCUCGCGGUCGGGGCGGAGAAAUUCAUGUCGGAUGCCUCGGACGUGAUGGAUAUGCUGCUAAAGACGCACACCGAAGGCGACCUGCCGGAUGACGACCCGCAAACGUCCUAUCUGAUUUCGGCCUGGGCGCGCAUCUGCAAGAUUCUCGGCAAGCAGUUCGAACAGUUCUUGCCGCUGGUGAUGGGUCCAGUUAUGCGGACGGCUUCGAUGAAGCCCGAGGUCGCUCUGCUGGAUAACGACGAAAUGCAGGGUGUGGAGAAUGAUAGCAACUGGCAAUUUGUGAAUUUGGGCGAGCAGCAAAAUUUCGUCAUCCGUACGGCUGGCUUGGAGGACAAGGCGUCGGCGUGCGAGAUGCUGGUUUGUUACGCGCGUGAGCUCAAGGACGGUUUCGCCAACUACGCUGAGGAAGUCGUGCGGUUGAUGGUACCGAUGCUGAAGUUUUACUUCCAUGAUGGCGUGCGGACGGCAGCCGCAGAAUCGCUCCCAUAUCUGUUGGACUGCGCAAAGAUCAAGGGACCAAAGUAUCUCGAGGGCAUGUGGCUGUACAUCUGCCCGGAGCUGCUGAAGGCGAUCGAUUCCGAACCGGAGGCGGAUGUGUUGACAGAGCUGCUGCAUUCGCUGGCUCGUUGUAUCGAGACGCUCGGUGCAGUCUGUCUCUCUAACGAGGCCAUGGAGGAGGUGUUGAAAAUCAUUGACAAGUUCAUGAACCAGCACUUCGAGAAGGAAGAAAAACGCGCCCAAGCCAGGAAAGAAGAGGACUACGAUGACGGUGUGGAGGAGCAGUUGGCCGAGGAAGACGACGCGGACAUUUUCUUGUUAUCGCGCAUAUCCGACAUUAUCCACUCGCUGUUCGUCGCCUAUAAGGAUGCGUUCCUACCCUCGUUCCAGCGUGUGGUGCCACAUUUCGUUAAGCUGCUGAACUCGUCCAACCCGUGGGCAGAUCGACAAUGGGGAUUAUGUAUAUUCGAUGAUGUAAUUGAAUAUACUGGUCCUUUGUGUGUUCAGUAUCAGCCCUAUUUUCUGCAACCUAUGCUCGAGUACAUCAAAGACGAGCAACCGGAAGUGCGACAGGCUGCUGUCUACGGAUGCGGUGUACUGGGACAGUUCGGUGGUGAACAGUUUGCAGUCACCUGUGCGCAGGCAAUUUCCCUAUUAGUGGAAGUUAUUAUGGCCCCCGAUAGCCGUGAACCGGAAAACGUAAAUCCAACGGAAAAUGCUAUAUCGGCAGUCACCAAAAUUUUGAAAUACAACAAUACAGCGAUCACAAACCCCGACGAAAUCAUCGCGCUCUGGUUCAGCUGGUUACCGGUCGGCGAGGAUGAAGAUGAGGCCGUUUACGUGUACGGUUACCUUUGUGAUCUAAUUCAGGCCAAUCACCCCAUCAUUCUCGGCGAGAACAACGUGAAUCUACCGCGUAUCGUGUCGAUCAUUGCGUCAUGUUUCUAUCAGGAGGCGGUUACCGUACCCCAUCCAGAAGCACAACGAAUGCUAUCGAUUGUCAAACAAAUCGAAGGCAAUCCGGACCUAUUCCAAGCGUGCAUUAGUCAGCUUACGGCCGAGCAGAAAGCGGCCCUAGAAGCGGCGUACUGUGCGGCUGCAGCAGCGACGGCAUCGGGCACUGCAACUCAAUGAAACAGUGAAUGUCCCCAUCCAUUUCCCUUUCCCAUGAAACGCAAAUUACUAUAAAUUUGAAAAUGAUUAUGUUUAACCAGCAUCUACAUUAUCGUUAUCAUCACACGGUAUAUUAUAUAAACACGCGUGUAAUUGCCAGGACGCUUCUGUUUUAUGUCGAAAGAUACCUGUUGUGGGGCUAAAUGACAGCAUUGUCUUGAAGAGAUUUUUCUCCAUUGGAACUAAAUUGGCCUAUAAUUGUGGCCGAUGUGAGGAGAACCACGUUGAGCUAAUUUUUUUGGUCUGCAUCGCGUAAAACCUCAAGUGCUCAGAAUCUUUUCACGUUUGCUGGACAACGAACAAUUAUGAAAUCAAAACAUUAUUUCUAAUCGAAACCAUAUGUUACUUUGCAAUGAUAUGCUUGGCAGCUUUACAGUUAAAUGUACGCGCGUGCAGGUCCUACGGUAGACAUCUCGACACAUCUUCGGUUAGCCGUCUUAAGAAGCUUGUUAAAACUUAGUGUUUAUUAUUUCUUCGUGUACUGAUGUCUGUAUCGUUUCAAAUCAUUUGUGAUAGAACUGAGCGCAAUCCCUCACUGAACAUGAAUGACGAACGUCGUGUAUUCAUGGAUAGUUAUGGUAAAUUUCGUUACUUUUCCUACUGUUGGAAUAACAGGUAUGCAAGAUUGUAAAUAGGAUGAAACAGUGGAAUACAUGCUUUUCCUCCAAUAUCCAACUCAAGCUUACAGGCAGGUAGCCUGUUUGAAUAGUUUCAUUGGAAAAUUUCUGUUCCCUUAUCCUAUAGUUUUAUGUGGCGCAGGCAAUGAAAGAUGCAAAUCACCAUUAAUAAGGUUUUUUGUUUCUUUUAACCGUACUAGGAAAAUUAUACAUCAAGUCAGCAGUUCUGUGAACAUAAAGUGGGAAGUGUACAGCAGUAUGGAGAGCGAGAACACGCGUAUUAUAGUUGAACAAUUGAACUUUUCACGACUUGAGUCAGCACAGCAAAGUAUGAUGUAUUCUGUGAAAGCACAUCAUGAUGAAAAAAGCGAAAACUAAUGCUUUUGCUUGGUAAUGCGGGAUAGUUUUAGUGGAUAAAAUACAUCCUUUUAGGAGAAUUGCUGCGAGCCCAUAGCGAAGAAAACAGUAAAUACCGACGUUCAGCCUGAACAAUGUUAACUCACAUCUAACCAUCAUAAUGUUGAGCUACUCUAGCACAUAAACAUUACCGAAUGUCGAAACAAGCUGUUGAUUAUGCAAAGCCGUAUGAUUACCGCCUUCAGGCGUUUUUGAAGAAGUGUUUUAUUUUUCUUGCACAGCGGGAAACGUGUUUGAUUUAUUGUAAAACCAAUGGAACCUAUCGAAUAGUAUUCUAAAAAUUCUAUUCACUCAUUACUAUUGGCAGUAAUUCGCGAAGGAGUCGAAAAUAUAAUCAAUCUAUUUGAGAAAAAUGUUUUUUUCUUCAAUUUAUCAAGCUAUUGGAUACCAUUCAAUUAUCUCUGUGUCCUCCAAAAGAAAGUUUUCUAGCACCACAUGAAUGUAAAAGAUUCAUAAAUUGCAAGCUUAAAUGAUUUCAAGAGUGUAUCUUGUUAACGCCUAUGAAGGCUUAAGAUACUUCCAGCAAACAGU